AUCACAUAGUACUUUCUCUUUUCUCCACCUUUCUCUCUGCCCCCUAAGAAAGCCCAUAAUCUCCAUCCUAUUUUCCAUUUUCAAGUGCAAAAAAGCCUCUCUAUUUUCCUUUUGAUGAUCAAUGCUAGAAAAAACACAAGAAUCUAUACUUCAUUAGGCAAUUCCUUCUUCAGAUGGGCUCACUUCUUUAUCUAUACUUGAUAUUAGUUUCAUUGGCAUUCACCGCGGCUCUUUCAAGUCAAGGACAAGGCAUAAAAUCAGCUCGACUUCUUGAUCUAGUCCUCAGAGACUACACGUUUCGAUCUUACAACAAAAACAACUUUAGAACAGCAAAAUUGUACGCCAUACAUUUACCAGCCAACCUCACAGGGAUCAGAGUCGACUCAGUUAGAUAUCGAUGUGGCAGUUUAACAAGAUAUGGUGCCAAAAUCAAAGAAUUCAAAUUACCUAUUGGGGUGAAGAAGAAAGCAAGAAUGGAGGAAUUGGUUAGAAGAGCAUAUGAAGAAGAAGCUUUACAAGUUUCUAUGGUUGGACAUGUGAGAGCUCCAACUGCAGCUGGUACAAGAACUGUUCCAACUAUUGAACAUGACUAUAAUCUUCAUAAUAUUUGAAUUUAAUUUUUAGAUUUAAUUCUUUUUGUAAGCUGAACAUCUUUUUGAAGUUUUUUGUACUGAUACAAUUGUGCUUAGGCCAAGGAAGAUAUAGUUAAAUGCUGACCAUUAAUUUGUUCUCUCUGCUCUAUAAAUGAGACUUCUUUCCUUUUC